AUGCCCCUGGCGUUCCUCAGCAGCCAGUUUCUUCAGGAGAAGAUCUUGGACUUUACGGAACAAGACUUGGUCAACCUGCGCAGGCCACUUCCCAUCCCGCCACAUCCCACCACGACCCCGUUCCUCCCCUUCUUCAUGUCCAUUUACCUGGUGAUCAUGUCCUCAGUGCACUACGAGGAGUGCGUGCACAAGAUCCUGAAGCUGAACAUCGCAGAGGGCCAGGAGAAGGAGGUUUGCACCAUGCUCAUUGACUGCUGCGCCAUGGAGAAGAUGUUCAACAGGUUCUUCGUUCUCCAGGCGGAGCGUCUGUGCCGACUGAAUCCCGUCUAUCAGGACAACUUCACGGAGUCCUUCGGCAUCCAGUUCAACACAGUACACAGGUUAGAGACCAACAAGCUGCGCAACAUCGGAAAGUUCUUCGCGCACCUCUUGUACACGGACGCGAUCCCCUGGAGCAUUUGGGCACAGGUGAAGAUCACGGAGGACACCACUACCUCGAGUUCCCGUAUCUUCAUAAAGGUGAUAUUCCAAGAGCUUUCCGAACAGUGGGGUGUGAAAAAGCUGGUCGACCGCUUGAACGAGGAUGAGCUCAAGCCUUUCUUCACCGGCCUUUUCCCAAAGGAUCACCCGAAGAACGUGCGCUUUGCGAUCAACUACUUCACCGCGAUCGGUCUGGGAGUGCUCACAGAGGACCUGCGAGGAUUCCUCGAAGAGGCCAACGCCCGCGCCGCCCACGAAGCGCAGCGGGCGGCAGAGGAGAGGGCUAUGGAUGAGUCCUCGUCAUCAUCAUCCAGCUCCAGCUCCUCAGAUUCCGACUCGGACUCCGACUCGGAUGACUCUGACGACUCGGAUUCGGACAGCUCAAGCUCUGACUCCUCCGACUCCUAA